AUGAGCUCUUUGGAUUUAGGUUUCAUACAAGUAAAUCAGUUAUGCUAUAGGUUUAUUACACUCUCUCAAUCUAGUCUUGAUGAUAAUGACGAGAGGUAUCUUAUAAAUUUGGCAACUGAGUGCCUUGAUUUAAUGGACCACUAUAAUGCAUUGCAUCCCAGUUACAAAGUGUUGGUCACUUUCUUAGAAUCUAAAUCAAUAAAAAAGUACAAUUCUGAAUGGAUUAAGAAGGUUCAAGAGGUAAGCGAUGAUAUUUUCCUGAAAGGGAAGCAAUGUCUAGUGGAUCUUGAAUCGAGUAUUGAUCUCUCAAAUAUCACAACACUUGAGGUUCUUCAAAAAGUUAAAAGCACAUUGAUCUCGUUAAUUAUUCAAACACAAUAUCAGGAUGCUCUCCAGAUCUUAAGCGAUAUAUCCUCGUUGCUUCAAUUCACGUCACAACCUUCAGAUUAUCAAGCUGUUCAAAAUAAUGCUUUCAUUGAAUACUACUUUUAUCAGUAUAUAACUAAGCUAUUCAGUUCUGCUUGGUCUCCCGAUGAGCAAGACAAAUUAGAAAAUUUCCAGCGUCCUGGCAGUGCUUAUUUUGAAUUUGGAAAUACAAGGUCUCAGGCAAGCUCUUUUAAAAUGUUAAGAGAUAUUGUGAAUAGGGUUUCGUUUUAUUACAAUAAGAAUGAAUUCUUUUUAACUUCAGAAGGAAGCUCUGCUCCAACCACUGAAUUGAAGUAUUACUGGAUCAUAUCAUGGUUCCAUUCUACAAUUGCAUUUAAAGGGGGAAAGUUCGUGGAUUAUGUGAAUGAUAUCGAUACGAUUUUAGCAACACCAUCUAUCAAUGGGCUCACUCCUUUAACCGUGCUAAGUGAGCUUCCAGUAUUAAAAUCCAACAUCUUGGUGCUACUUGAGAUCUCUAUGAUUUGCACUAGACCCUUCAAAGCCCUAUCUUUAGCUGAAGAGAAAUAUGACAAUGUUUUGGGCUUAUUAGAAUCUACAGAGGGAAGUUUGGAAAAUCAGAUUUAUCUUGAUAUUUUACUCCCAUUAGCAGAAACCAAGUAUAAAAAUGCUAAAAUUCUUUUCAGUGAUGAAAUGUUUAUUAAAAUGUUUGAGGGUUCUAUUGGUUAUAUCGUGCCACUUUCAGUGUUCAAAGGUUCGGGUUCAUUUUUAGACUAUAUCAGGUCUAUCAUAGACUUCAAAAGUUUUUUAGUUAUCAUAUCUGUGAGCAAGCGAAUUCAACGAACAAAACUUCUAAAGAUACUUGGAUAUGAAAACGAUGAUAAUAAUUCACAAACUUUUCAAAAACUUCUAAUAUUAAUAGCGGCCUUGAAUUUAGGAGAAUUAGGAAUUGGAUUUGAUUAUCAAGGAGACUAUUUCUAUAAUUAUGAAUCAAAUUUAACUGAAAAGGCUCUAUUCGAGAAGCUCCACAAUUUGUCGAAUAAUUUAGAGGCAGAAAGUAUAGCCAAUAUUAUGAAAGGAGUGUUACUCGAAAAAUUUUUCAGUUGA